GCUGGAACGCGAGCACGCGCCCCGCCGAGCGCCCGCCCGCCGGGGGCCUGAGCGCUGGGGCGCGUGCGCGAGCGGUGCAGCACCGGCCGCGGGAGCAGGGAGUAUUAUGGGCUGUGGGUGCCUCUGAGCAAGAUGGAGCUGUCUGCAGUGGGCGAGCGGGUCUUCGCGGCCGAAUCCAUCAUCAAACGCCGGAUCCGCAAGGGACGCAUCGAGUACCUGGUGAAAUGGAAGGGGUGGGCGAUCAAGUACAGCACUUGGGAGCCGGAGGAGAACAUUCUGGAUUCGAGGCUCAUCGCAGCCUUCGAGCAGAAGGAAAGGGAACGUGAGCUGUAUGGGCCCAAGAAGAGAGGACCCAAACCCAAAACUUUCCUCCUAAAGGCCCGGGCCCAGGCGGAGGCCCUCCGCAUCAGUGAUGUGCAUUUCUCGGUCAAGCCGAGCGCCAGCGCCUCCUCGCCCAAGCUGCACUCCAGCGCCGCGGUGCACCGGCUCAAGAAAGACAUCCGCCGCUGCCACCGCAUGUCUCGCCGCCCCCUGCCACGACCAGACCCACAAGGGGGCAGCCCUGGCCUGCGCCCACCCAUCUCGCCCUUUUCUGAGACGGUGCGCAUCAUCAACCGCAAGGUGAAGCCCCGGGAGCCCAAGCGGAACCGCAUCAUCCUGAACCUGAAGGUGAUUGACAAGGGUCCGGGAGGAGGCAGCCCUGCGCAGGGUGCAGGGGCGCUUGCCCGCCCCAAAGUCCCAUCGCGGAACCGGGUCAUUGGGAAGAGCAAGAAGUUCAGCGAAAGCAUGCUGCGCACCCAGAUCCGCCACAUGAAGUUUGGCACCUUUGCGCUGUACAAGCCCCCGCCCGCCCCUCUGGCGCCCUCUACCGCGGGCAAAGCCGACGUGGCCUCCUCCGGGCCUGGGCUGCUCCUGGCCACCCCAGCAGCUGCCCCCUAUGACGCACACAGCUCCAGCUCUUCCGGCUGCCCCUCACCCACACUGCAGUCCUCUGACCCAGACGAUGCACCACCCAAGCUGCUACCCGAGACCAUGAGCCGAUCUGCUUCCAACUGGCGAGAGCCAGAGGUGCUGGAUCUGUCCAUCCCUCCCGAGGCCGCUGCCACAGGCCAGCGGGCGCCUCCUGAUGCCGCCGCUGCUGCUGCUGCGGGCCAGGCGCUCCACACAGCCCUGGAGCCCACAGGUGCCUCCUCCUCCGAGCCCGAGGCUGGGGACUGGCGCCCCGAGAUGUCGCCGUGCUCCAAUGUCGUCGUCACAGAUGUCACCAGCAACCUCCUGACCGUGACCAUCAAGGAAUUCUGCAGCCCUGAGGAUUUCGAGAAGGUGGCCGCUGGGGUGGCAGGUGCUGCAGCGGGGGGUGGUGGCACCGGGCCAAGCAAGUGAGGGGCUUCCCCGAGGAGGGAGGCUUUGGGGGGGGCCUCCUUCCUGGAGUCAUCUGUGUGCUCCCACCCCGUCCCUGCCCUCAGACCCGUUUGCCUGUGCUCUGCUUGCCUCAGAUGGCUUGGUGUUGACCCAGGGAUGGGGCUGGGUAGUCCUGGACAUGGUUAGGGUUCUGGUAGGGCACAGGAAGGAAGAAUUGCUCCCUGGUGUCCCCGGCACUGUCCCUGACUGUGCAGGUGGGGCCCAGUAGGUGGCUUCUGGGGAAGCCCAAGAACUUGGGGUUCAGGUCCUACCCACACCCCACCCUGCCUCUCCUAGCUUGCUUCUUGCUGUGUGUGCAGUGUCCGGCCUCGGUGCUAUCUUAGCGGCUGCAGGCCCCCUAGGAGAUCCCACCUAGGGUGGGCGCAGUCUCGUAGUGCCCCCUGGGACUGAGUGAAGGAUGAGGCCGAAAUGGGCCCCUCCCUCGCGCUACUCGAGGGUGGCAGCGGCUGGGCCAGAGGCCCCCUUCCCUGCUUGCCUGUAUCUGGACCAGGCCCACGCAGAUCUUGUGUCCCACACACCCUGUCUCUAUCCAGAACCCCCUUUGAAGGUGGAGGGGCUGCAGACAUGGCACCCUGCCGCGGCCUCUGGGCAUCUGGAAGCCUCCUCCGUUUUCUACCAAAGGUGCUGUAGGAACCUGCUGUGGAAACUUGUGGCUGUGCAUGUGUGCUUGCCCUUGGCUUGUUGUUGCGUGGAUCCUUGUGUGUGCUGGGUGCAGGGUUUCGGGCUUUUCCUGCAACACCCCUUACCGGUUGAUUCCUCAGAACAGGGUCGCUGAAGGCGUGGCCUCCCUUGCCUUAGCCAGGCCUGGCACAGUCGGGUCUGUGUGGUUUGCCGUGGAAGCCACAGGCCUCUCCUCCAAUCCCAGGUUCCUGGGGGACAUGCAGCCCUCACGCCCUUCACACGGCGGCCAGCAUGGUGGGACUGUGUUGGGGGGGUUCCAGCUCCAGCCUCCCUGGUUGCAGAUGUAGGUGGAGGAAAGAAGGCCUGGAGACCUCCCAGGGGUCUUUGAUUUCUCCCACCCUCCUUGGCUUGCUUUGAACUGCUGAGCUUCCUGGCCUUCUAGCCUGUUGGAAGACUCUGGGUGCCUUGGGCAGCUUCUGUUGCCCUCUGCUGCUAGGGAACCGGGGCAUCCACGCCAACGGCAGAGACCAAAGCCCCAGUUUCAGGCCAGGCACCAGAGGAGUGGGCGGGCCAGUGGGCAGAGGGAGGAUGCCUGUCCCCGGGCAGCACUAGGGACCCCACUGGCCUACCCUUGGCCUGGGAUUCACUUGGGUGUUGAGUGGUAUGUUCCUGUGUGUACCCUGGGCUGGCUCCUGGUGUACCUGGCCCUGGUACCUUGCUCAGAGCAUGGUGAAAGGCGGAACCAGCUGACCUGAGGACAAGUAUUCUGGUCUUAGGAGAAGACGUUCUUCCUCCCCCCCCCUGCCAGGGUCUGCGGCACAGCCCCAGCCCUCCUUUCCCCCAGGGUAUGAAACCGGGGUCCUCACAGGGUUUGGGGGGGCCACAGUCCAGGUCCCGCCUUGUCCUGUGCUAACCCCAAUACCGUCCAAGUGCCAAUUGGCUUUUCCCCCAAAUAAGGGCUGGUAUUUCACCUCUGUCCCCAGAGGCGAUCUCCCCCUCCCCCUCCCCCGGGUGGGACACCACCACCUGGGUGCCAGUUACAGGUGUUUGCGGAGACCAUAGAAAUGUGUUUUCCUGAGAGUCUGUGUCAUUUGUGACCUUUUUUUGUAAAGAAGUUGUGUUUUCAGAGGUGAUUUUAUGACAGGAACGUGAAAGAGUUAGUUUUGCAAAAAAUGAAAAAAAAAAAAAGAAAAAAAAUUUAAAAAGUAAAAAAAAAAAACAAAGAAAAGAAAAAAUAGAAAAAAAAAUAUUGUGGGAUUCCUAAGAGUGUGGGGUGGAGGGAGAGAGCUAUUUAAAGAGGACACAGGAACGCACCGAUUGCAGAGCUGAGGUGGUAAUGUCAGGGUGAGGUGGAGGCCUGAGCUAGCUGCUGGGUCCCAGGGUGGAAGGCACCCGAGAGAUGGCCAUGGCUGCCCUCCUUCCUCGGCAGCAGGCAUGGCGAGUCUCCUUUGGUGACCUAGGAACAGACUUCCACUCCAGCCAGUCCCCAGGGCACUAGCAGGAAGCUCGGGACAGGCAGGUGUUGGUCGUGGGACGCCUUGGGGACUGGAUUCACUGUGCAUUUUUUCCCCAAGGAAGACUUCUCAACCACGCGCUUUUACUUCUCACCAGCUUGCUGGGUUGUCUGGUUCCCUGUCACUCCAGUCACCCUAAAGACCCAGACACCCAUGAGUUCCCCUGGCUUGGAAAGGGAUGCAGUCUUCAGAGAGCUGCUGCUGGGGUGACCCCCUCUGUGGAUGCGGGGAAGGCAUGGGGGGAUUGGCGGUGAGCAGAAUCUUCCCUCUCCUGGAUAGCCUGGCGUGAGAGGCCUGGACCUCUGCACAGACCCCACGCAGCAGCCUUGCACCGUCAGCCUACUGCAGGCCCCUCCCCCACCCUUGCUGCUUUUUGUUUGCCUAAUUACCAAGCGGAAGUUGCAGUCCGGUGUGCUUUAUUUUUGUAUGUGAAAUGACCUCCCCCCACCCCACCCCCCGACGGUCAUGCCCUGUAAAUGCACCCUUCCCACCCACUUGCCAGGAAACGGGAGUAGGUGAGUCCCCAGGGUCUUGUUGGGUUUUGAGAUGGAAGGUUGGGACCCAUUCCUGUUGAGUGAGUGAGUC